AUGGCUCAGAUUUACCAGAAGAGCCAUUAUGACUAUGACGGCAUGCAACGGCCAGAACGAGAGCCCUCGCGUGGCCCUCUUCACACUGUUGAUCGAGGUGUUCCGUAUGUGGCCUACUCAACCAGAUUGGAUCCUCGCAACGAGUCCAGAACCUACGUCCUUCCAACUCCUAUCCAUGACAUAGGUGAUGACAAUGACCAAGGGUCUGCCAGGAAGCGCACUUCGAUGGCUGUAGGCACAAGCCAGACCUUCGACCUCGACACUUCUGUCGGUGGACCCUCUUCCCUAGCUCCAGUCUCAUCGUACGGUUCUGUGUCGCCUAGCGGCAAUGGCUAUCCUGCGUACCCAACAGACGACAGAUCCUCCUCGGUGCCCACGUAUGGCAGAUCCGGGUAUCCACAAACAUCUCUCCCAGCUUACAGCUACGAGAUGGAUACUCCGACAUACGCAGUCAGCGAUGACUCUCGAUCAUGGACGACUGGGAACCGCUCUAGCACUGGAGUGAGCUUUUACCAGCAAGAAAGUCCUGCCUCGUACGACUACUCCACUCCGAUAUCCAGGAUCUCCAGUGAUGCGAACGAAUCUCUUUCUCCCNUGAACAUGAGCAACUUGCAACAUUCGCUUCCUCUUCCUCUUGAGCGCCGUCUGCCUGCUCCCAACUUUGUUGGCAGCCCAAUCACACCCGACAACGACGUCCGCAGCCCUAUCAGUGCCCGACUCGCAAGCUUGAGCAUCAGUGGGCCGUACAGCAGGAGCAACAGUGCCUCGUGGGCUGUGGAUGGUAUCGAACGCCGCCAACCCUCGAUUCAUGAUCUCGCAGAGGCAAGCAUGAUGCUGCCUCCAGUCACACGAGGACUGAACGGGACUGCGGCAACUCUGCCAGCCCUCAACCAUGAUAGUGCUCCAAUUUCCACCGCGAUGUUUGUGUCCUCCGGGAGUGACGGUCUGGUUCAAGUUUCCACCGGUGCCACACAACCUGCCUACUACACUGCCACUACCUCCGCACUUCCCUCCUUGACUACAGGAGUGUUGCCUCCAACGAACUACGCCCGCUACACGGCCAUCGAUAACAGCAAUUCUUCUCUGCCAGUCAUCAAUACAAGCGAUCGUGCAGACACCACCGCCUACUACAGCUGGACUCCCACGAACGCCAGCAGCACUGAAGCUCUGCCUGUCAUCAACACUGUCGAAGUAACCCCUCAAGCCAGUGCUGGAUCAGAUCGUAAAUACAGCUCUGCGCAGCUCUCGACAGGAUAUCCUCCUCUGCAUCACCCGCGACCAAAAAUUGUUCCAUCAACACCCCAUGCCACCACGCUCGAGAAGCAUGAUCGUGUACAGCAGAAAGACGGAAAGAGCCAGAGACCUUCCUCUGCGUCCAGUCAGCACAAGUCUUCCUCGGGAUUUUCUAGUUCGAGUUCCAACAAGAAGAGUGGUCACAGACCUAGCAAGGGUAGUCUUUGA